UGACUGGCUUAUGCUCUUAUAAUAUUUGGUUUUUCAUGAGUAGACAGAUAAGAGAGAUUUCAGGAAAGGCUUUUUGGUGUCCUGUGGACGUUUUUGUUCCUAACUCCAGCCAAUGACGCUGCUCUCCUCACACACAGAUCUUUUUGUGUGCAGAAUGUCAAAGAGAAUAUGAAAAGGUAUGUCUCUCAUAUGAAUAUCCCCAUGACGUGAGAAGCUGCUCAUUUUCCAUUUGCUGUCAGGAGGAAGAUUAACUCGCCACCCCUCCUCCCCCUCUUCAGGACCUCAUAAAUAGCAAAGCGCACAGUCUCAUUGUAUUACAACAAUUGUAGCACAUCCAGUUAAAAGACUGACGAACUCGUUGAAAUAAUAAGAAACAUCAGCAUGUACUCAACUAAAAGCGAGGGACCGCGCAGAGGAAGAUCUUUUGACUCCAUGAACCUUGGUCUGACAUUGGAAGAGAAACAACUUAACAAUGAGAUGAACAAAUCUGCUUUUCCAAAGAUCGAGGAGAAUAAAGACAACAAAACCGCGUCUACAGAGAGAGGUCGGGCUGCUGUUGUGUUCUCUCUGAAGAAUGAAGUCGGUGGGCUUGUCAAGGCACUAAAACUUUUCCAGGAAAACCACGUCAACCUGGUGCACAUUGAGUCCAGAAAAUCCAAAAGGCGCAACUCAGAGUUCGAGAUCUUCGUAGACUGCGACAGCAACCGCGAGCAGCUUCACGAGAUCAUUCAGCUGCUGAGGAAACACGUGAAUGUGCUCGAGAUGGACGCGCCUGACAACCGCCUGCCUGAAGAAAGCGAGAUGGAGAACGUGCCGUGGUUCCCGAAGAAGAUUUCAGAUCUGGAUAAAUGUGCGAACCGCGUGCUGAUGUAUGGAUCAGACCUGGAUGCGGAUCAUCCAGUAAGUGGCAAGAUUGAAUCUCGAUUACCACAUCAGUGUGCUGUCAUCAUGUUGCUCACUUUUACGAUUCUGUUACAACAGGGAUUCAAAGACAACGUCUAUCGCAAAAGGAGGAAGUAUUUUGCAGACUUGGCUAUGAGCUACAAACAUGGAGACCCCAUUCCCCGUAUAGAGUUCACAGAGGAGGAGGUGAAAACAUGGGGAGUGGUGUUCAGGGAGCUGAAUAAACUCUACCCCACACACGCCUGCCGCGAGUAUCUCAAGAACCUGCCCUUGCUCAUCAAACACUGUGACUUCCGCGAGGACAACAUCCCGCAGCUGGAGGAUGUCUCGCGCUUCCUCAAAGAGCGCACCGGCUUCACCAUCAGGCCUGUGGCUGGGUAUCUCUCCCCACGAGACUUCCUGGCAGGUCUGGCCUUCCGUGUGUUUCACUGCACUCAGUAUGUGCGACACAGCUCAGACCCCCUCUACACACCCGAGCCAGACACAUGUCACGAGCUGCUUGGACACGUCCCUCUAUUGGCCGAGCCCAGCUUUGCUCAGUUCAGUCAGGAGAUCGGUCUCGCGUCACUGGGAGCGUCGGAUGACUCUGUACAGAAACUCGCCACUUGCUAUUUCUUCACUGUGGAGUUUGGCCUCUGUAAGCAAGAAGGGAGACUGAGAGCUUAUGGAGCCGGUCUGCUGUCCUCCAUCAGCGAACUGAAGCAUGCACUCUCAGGAAAUGCCAGGAUCUUGCCCUUUGACCCCAACGUGACAAGCAAACAGGAGUGCAUCAUCACCACCUUUCAGGAUGUUUACUUUGUUUCGGACACCUUCGAGGAAGCAAAAGUCAAAAUGAGGGAGUUUGCAAAGACCAUUAAGAGGCCAUUCUCAGUGCGCUACAACCCGUACACACAGAGUGUAGAUGUUCUGAAGGACACAACCAGCAUCAACAACGUGGUGGAAGAACUAAGACAUGAGCUGGACAUCAUUGGAGAUGCACUAAGCAGGCUAAACAAACAGUUAGGAGUCUGAAAAAUGAAACGUUUCCCAUUACUUCAUGUACCAGUUCAACUGUUUUGUCGCAUUACUUCACUCUCCAAAUCAUGUAUGGCAUGAAAAACCCACCAAACGAAGUCAAAUCCUUGUGUCUGUUUAUAUAAUUAGUUUGGCUCUUGUUUGAUUAAAUAUGUGGAUCAACAAAAGGUGUGCUAAAUGCUUGCAAGUGGAGUUCUUGUAUUUUAUGUGAGAUUUCUACUUGAUAAGAAGGUAUUUAUGCAAGGUGACCACAAUGGUUCUGGUUAAAUUAAGGCUACACAAGUGACCGUUAGUCUUGUGCAAAAACGAUGUCUGCUAAUAUAUUGGUGGUUUCAGUUUGCAUUUAUGUCAUUUGUUUCAAAUUGGCACCUUAUGUUUAUUUAUUCAGAGAUACUGAGAUAUUAUAGGUAUAUAAACAGUAUCUUUGUGAGUCUAUGAAACAUUUAGUACAGUGUAAGCUAUGUGUUAUUGUUUCUUUAUUUAAAAUGGAUGUCUACAUGGAGUAGAACCUGGAAUAAUCUGUAUUUAUUAAAAUGCAUGUAAAUAUUGCAUUGGACAUGGAAGAAUAUUUUUAAUACAAGUUAAUGAAUGCUUAGCGUCUCUAUGAGUAAUUCGUUAGAAACUAAACGAAGUAUGCCUAUCAUUUCAAGUUUAGGUUGUAGAGAAAUUUAUUGUUCAUAUGCUUAUAAUAAAAUAAAUAUUUGUUUUUCUACUGUAAAUGCCAUAUAGUGUACAAUUUCUUACUUUCUUCUUUACAUUUCAUGUGCUAAUGUACAAACAAUCUUGAGGGGCGCUUGUCGGCUCA